AAGAUACUUUGGAUCUUCCGGUGCCUUUCCUCAACCCAGCUGGAAUAGCUUUCCCCGUCCAGCAGGAUGUUUGUCAUUCAGCUGUUUUAUAUUCUUUGCUUUUCCUUAAAAGAAAUUUGCGAGAGUCUCGAAAGUCCUCUGGAAACGCCACAAGCCUUUGGCCUCGGGCAGAUGUGCAAAUGGCUGCCAGAACCAGAUGUCGUUUGACCCAAAUGGAAAGUUUGGAACUGGGACCAGGACAUAAGAAUGGCAGAGAGUCAGCGACUUCCUGGCCAGGGACCUGCUCCACUUAAGAGACUCAGAAUAUAAGCCGUGGCUGAAAGACAAAAGCUCCUGAUAAAUUGCUGCUUCCUUCAUGAGAAGAUCGAGCCAUAGAAAGGACCUUCUGCAAACAGGAGAAGAUGGGGAAUCUUCAGGUGCUGCUCUUUGUAACCCUGGUCUUGACAGCCCUCUUCUGUUGUGAUGGAGAUAUGAACAGGCCCUUGGAUGAAGGGGUUAAGAUCAGUCGAGAAACCGCCAAUGCCUUUGUGAGAAGGCAGAAGAGGUCUUCUCCAUAUUAUGAAAGGUACUACGAAAGGUUCAAAACCCCAAUGGAGAUGAAGCAAGAACAGUGUGAAAGCCACCCCCUCUGUGACUACUACUCGGAAGUAGUGGGAUUCCAGACAGCCUACCGCUAUUUCUUUGGAAACUGAAGAAGAGGGGGCAUCUCCUGUUCUCACCUGGCUGGGACAGAGGCUGAGAUUAAAAGCAAUUGGGGUGGGGGUAGGGGUGGGCAGAAGGAGCACAGGGCAAUCGGACUGGUUUCCCUUCGCUAGCAAAACCUAAUAACAGUCUUUCCACUUUCCAGACAGGAAAUCACAAGCAGUUAGAGGCUUCUCUUUGCAAGGAGCAUGUCUAGGAAUAAUCAAAUGCCAACACUUGUUGGAAAGUAACCAGCAUUCCAUGCUAAGGGGGUGGGGGCAAGCAAGGAUAAAUUGGUUAGUAAGCACAAAAGUCUACCAAGCCGACAAUCAUUUCUGGGGUUGGCUUUCCUUGUGAACACCUUGAAGCAUCUUCAGCAUGCUGCCCUGUCAAAAUUUAUCACUGUACAAAGUACAAAGAUUCACAAAAUGUUUAGGGGUAUGCGUACCCCUCCCCCCCGAAAAAAGCACUGCAUGUGUUUGAUUAGGACUUGGAACCACUGGUUAAAUGUCCAUCCCUGGUACUUUUUAUCCUUGAGAAGACUGAUGUAAAACUAAAUUUUUCGGUUACCUGAUUCAUUGUUGCUGUUCUGCUGCCAUCAUAUGGUGAUUUUGGUUAAUGAAUAAGGUAGCAGCCGAAAAUGAAGAUAUAAUUUUAGAGUUGGAGCGGUCUCCCGCAAUUUCUAAUUCAAGCUGUUUUGGAGAGCUUGGCAGGAAAUUUAGGAGCACGUUUCCCAAGACGUUAUAUUUUAGUUUUCCAACAUGAUUGCCACUUGCUAGCGUUCAAUGUAGAAUUUCUGAAACAAGUAGAUUAAUUGCCUUAAUGUUCAUUACAUUCCAAUCAAUGUAUGUUAGUGACGAUAUCUAUUGAGCCAUCUCUUUGAAAGUUGCAGUUCGUUACUCACCUAUGGUGAGCAGCAAUUUCUAAUACUCAAGUUCCUUUCAAGGCACCAAUGAAACCAUCGCUUAAUUAAAAGGCACUUAUGAGUAUGGAUGAAUAAUGAAUCAGUCUAUUUCUGGUCCAUGUCACAUUCAUAUGUGUUCACUCAUCAUCAGUCAAUUCUGUUCUGCUUUCACAUUAAUCUGCAUUUUUUUAAAAUUGCACCAAAAGGAUUGUAUGCAAAUACAUAUUUAAAUGUGUAUUUCUAAGCAUGUUCCCUCUCAAAAUACGAAUUUUAAUAAAUUUUUGAAGCACAAGCUAUGUCACGUCAUUUGGAGGAAUGCAAAAUCCAAUGGAUAAAGUACCUUCUCGUUCACACAUCAGUACAGAAGGUGCAGAGUAGAUCAGUUCCUAUCAGAAUUUGCGGACAUCAAUUUUCUCAAGUAUCCCUAUACGCAACUGCCCUGGUAAGAGUACUAGUGUCCCUUUGCUUUCUUGGAG